ACUCCUGGACUGGUGCUUCAAAAACAGUUCGAUUUUGAAAUAAAUAACUAUUUACAUGGAAGACCUGCUGCUGAAUUGUUUAUUCUUUGGGGUGAUGGAACUAAUGACACAUACACGUUUGCUCAAGGUCAGUCACAGAUAUCUGUGAAUCACCUAUUUGUAUUAGGCGGGUUAUUUAUUCCACAAAUCCAUGCAACUACAGAUAUUGGUUCUGAAAGUUCAUUCUUUGAAAAUCAGAUUCUGAUUCAGAAUAUCGUUCAGAAUAUAACCUGGUCUAUACUUAAAAAUGUUAUACUUUUACAUCCAUUUUCACCGAAACUAGUAUAUACUGGUGAUAAGUUCUUGAUAAAUUUAACGUGUUUCUUUAACUACGAUGAUGUUAAUAUGACCAAAGACAAUGUUCACUUCAGUAACGUAGAUCCAGACAAGUAUCCAGACGUAAUUGCACCAACAUAUAUAUACCAGACACAACGGGAGAGGUCAAUUUCUGUAACAUGUUCAAACCUCUUCACCAGUCAGACAUUGACAGCUACGAUUCAGGUCUUCAGCGACUGCUUUAAUUCUGGGAACAUGUUUGAAGCAUCUUAUCGAUUUGAGAGUACACUACUCAAAGCGUUUAUGUCAUCUAUUCCCGUCAUCUCAGGACGGAUAGAGCUCACAGCAAAGUGUGAAAACAGCACAGAUAUUAACUACAUAUGGACUGUUGAAGAACAAAACACUACUGAUUCUACGGUAUGGAGGAAACUGAAUGUCUUUACCCCAAAUGCAAAGGUAUAUCCUCUUGCGAUCUCUGGCAUUGGACCUGGCACGUUUCGACUCACCUGCAAUCUGACUGUUAAUGCUACCAAAUUGGAAUCGAUAGAAGACUUUAUGUAUGUUGAACUCAUAAAUCCUCCACUUGUGGUUGAACUAACAGGGAGCAUCAAACGUGUUUUGGGGGACAAUGUUGUUGUUUCUUUGGACGCUGUAUCCAACUCCUAUGAUCCGGUAAUUGGAUAUAGAAAGGAAAACUACCUUUCUUUUUCCUGGAAUUGUUAUCAGAUCCUAGAAAAUGACUUGGAUAGCUAUUUUGCACCACAUAGUACUGAUACUACCUACAGGGCAAAACCUUCCUGUAAUAUUUCCUUGUCAUCAGAUGGUAUCAUUACCGUUCCUGCAGCAUCCUUAACCUUAAAUACUUGGACUCUUUUCGAAGCAAAUAUUACCAAGGAUACUCGGGCAGCAGUCGCAAUUCAAGCCAUUAAGAUCGUUGAAGUGCCUCCGCCUGAAACAACUCUCACUUGUACAUGGAACUGUGAAUCAAAACGAACACAAUGGGGUCGCAUGAUGUAUGAAACAGAUGCUACCUGCUCUGUUUGUUCUGCUGCAGAACAGGCAUCAGGCGUAUAUGAAUGGACCUUCUACAAGUUCAACGGCAGUGCAUAUGAUUUAGUGGAUUACUCGGACUCUCAUUUUCUAUUACCAUCAUCAGCUAAGCUAUUCUUUCUGGAUGCGGGCUUUCUGGAACAGGGAUCUAGUUACAAGGCCAAGGUCACAUUCACUGUUGCAAACAUCCCUCCUGGUUCAUCCGAGACCUCAUUCGUUGUUAACGAAGAACCGUAUGGUGGAACUUGCAGGGUAUCUCCUAUGACAGGAAUGGCUACUAUUGAUGAGUUUACGUUCGCAUGUAGUGGAUGGAAAGAUGAAGGUGCGCGCAAUGCACGUGAUCCAUUUCUAGAUGCAAGGGAGCCUCUUAUUUACAUCAUCUCGCAGAUUAAGGGCAAUGAAAGUCAACUCAUCUAUAAUGGAAACGAAGCUUCUGCGGUUCAAACCCUGGAAGUCUGCCCUGAAGAAGAUGACUAUGUAUGCGUGAUUGAAUUCAGAAUAAGGGAUAUGUUUAAAGCUGAAAUCACCUACCUAGUCAACAUAACGGUUACCAACCCGAUUCCUGAUAUUACGUUCAACACGUUUGGAAGCUUAGAAACGGGGAGUGUUAACAAGACAUCUGACGAUGAAGCCGUCCUUAACACAUUCUUGGAAAGAACCAUCACUGCAAUGACCAUAUUUACCAGAUAUAAUGACGCUGAAAAAACUGCCAAAGUGGCAACUACCUACAUCUCUGCCAUUAACACAGUGGAAAUUCGAGCAGUUACUGGCGAUGAUGUUAUGAAUACUUCUGUCAAUGAAGAAAAUGUCAAUGCUGUUGUAAAAGACGCUCUGGAACGUUUUACUAAAGAAGACCCUCAGACAGCUAAACUUUUAGAGAGUACAGAAGUCGUUAGCAACACAAUCAUCAGUUCCAUUAACAACUUAGUGAUAGAGCCAUUCCAAUCUGAUGCCAACAACAACAGUGAUGGUAACAUCGUGCCCACCACCGCCCCGAAGCCUGAGACAUUAAUUAUGUUGUCAACGAUCUUGGCGACUGUCCUGAAGAAACCAAGUGCAGUUAGAGCCAAUGUAGUAGCCAGUUUGGCGGGAGGAAUAACUAGUCUGAGCGAACAGUUUGUGAAGACACUGAAGAAUGACAGGCACAUGGAGGGAUUUGAAAGAGCAAUUGAAGCUAUUGGCACCGCUCAGAAUAACCUGAUCAAAAACGUGGCCGAGCUGGUUGUCGAAGAUCGACUGGAGGAUAUUCAUGGUAUAGAACCGUUCAUUACGAGAGAGCUUAGUGAAGGGGAGGAGAGGUUCAAUGUCAUUGAGAGAAAAUACUUGAGAAAAGUAGCCGACAAAAAGAAAAAAGUCAAAAGACAGAAAAUGCUUAGAAAUAUUGUAGAAGUUCAGAAAAACGUUACCAGUACAACAGACAACAUGUUUCAUCUGGUAGAUAAAAUAAUACUAGAGGAAUCUAAUGAAACAAUCAACUACGAAGAUUUCAGUUUGAUAUUGGAGAAAAACACGGUACAGAACUUAGUGGACGCCGAGCGAGAUCCGAUAGAUGGUGCAACGUUUGGUUUUGCUGGCGUUAGCGAACCUUUGGAUGACAACGAAAUUGUUAACCUUCGUAUCAAGAUAUUGAAGAAGAACAUCUACAUACAAGGACACAAUGCUAAAUACAUUACCGGACCAGUCAUAGUGGCCAGCAUACGGAAGCAGGACAGCGCGAGUCUCACCAUCUCGGAACCUUUUAUUACACAGACGGAUUAUGAAAACGCUCCACAUGUGGUCGUCCAACCCAAGUACACUACAGGAGACGCAGCAAAGUUGUUCUAUCAUUCAUUCUUCUACAGAGCUCUUCAUGCCGAUGUCUGCCUCUCAGCCCUGCCAAUUGCAAAAGAGAAAGUCGUCUACGACAUGUACUUCCGUUCCAUCCUUCCGCCAACUGACAUGGAAUACGAUGAUUAUACUUACUAUGAGGUGGAGCCGGGUGUUUCUGGAACCAGAUACUGCGUCAAAGCAGGCACUCUGAAGCGUACGGGUGUGGCUUAUGUGGGAUUGCGGCCUAGGCUAAACGAAGAAAUUGUCGUUUCGCGGAAAAGAAGGAGUGUACCUUCUGGUAACACCACCAACAACGAAAACGUUAAUGCCACCAACAACGGAAACGUUAAUGCCACCAAGAACGGAAACGUUAAUGCCACCAACAACGGAAACGUUAGUGCCACCAACAACGGAAACGUUAGUGCCACAGACAAUGGAAAUGUUAACAGUGUGCUCGAAUCACCAUACUUGUUCCGGGUUACCACUAUCACAUGUUUCUCCUGGGACGGGCAGGUUAAAGACUGGAGAAGCACGACCUGCGAGCUUAAGAGGGAUGAUGAAAAAAAUAAAACAACGUGCAUUUGUCCAAAUACACAGGAAGUUGUGGCGAGCGUUUCGUUUUUCGUUCCACCAAACAUAAUCGACUUCUCGACGGUAUUCAGCAGGUUUGAUGUUGCAGGCCAGGCAGCAGUAUUGUCAACUCUGGUAGUCAUCUUCGUCCUGUUUGUCAUCGCUGCUCUGUUCUCAAGGUACAAAGAUAGUCAGGACGUUCUCCAGUGGGGCGUGUCGCUGCUAGAAGACAAUUUCAGAGAAGACUGUUACUUCUACCUGAUAACGGUUUACACUGGAAUGAUCCGACAAGGAGGAACCAGAUCCAAUAUUGAGUUCAACAUCACCGGCGAGAAGGGAGACACUGGCAUCAGAGUUCUUACAGACGGGGUGCGGAAGGAAUUUGGCGCAGGGAGUGUUCUACACUUCAUUAUGGCAGUCCCAGUAUCACUGGGUCGUCUACAAUGUCUCAGAGUGUGGCAUGACAAUUCGGGAAAUGGGAACUGGGCUUCUUGGUAUCUGAACAGAAUGGAGGUCAUAGACCUACAGUCGGGUGAAAGAGUUGAUUUCCUGUGUUAUAAGUGGCUAUCAUUUGAAGCUGGAAACAUUGAAGCGAUACUUGGGGUCGGCAGCUGUGUAAACAUGAAUAAUUUCAAAACAAUGUUCUUCGAACAUGCCAGGGUCCACGUGACUGAUGAUCAUCUCUGGUUGUCGACUGUAUUUAGACCCGUGAAGAGCCAUUUCAGUCGAGUUCAGCGAGUUGGUUGUUGUUUGGCUUUUUUGCUGCUGUCCAUGAUAUCAAAUGCAAUGUUCUUUCAAGGACAGGAUUUCAAAGACCGAAAGCAGUUAUUUGACUUCGAGCUUGGACCUUUCAAAUUUACCUUAUCUCAGAUAUGGAUCUCAUUUCUGAGUGCAAUCAUUACAGCCAUCCCCGUGUUUGUGAUGAUGUUUCUAUUCAAAAAGUCCAAGCUGAGCAAGAGGCAGGUGGAUGCCAACGAGUACACAACACACUGGAUGCUGCCAUGUUUCAAACGAUUCAAGUUCUAUAGGGACAGUGUCGCACUGCAGAAGAUGCUGGUCAUAAAAGACAUUGUAGAUGACGAGGAGGGCGUCCUGCCUCACUUUUGUGUCUACAUCGGCUGGGUUCUCGUAGCUUUGGCUUCUUUGGUGUCUGCGGUUUUUGUACUUCUCUACAGUGCUGAGUGGGGAAAAGACAUUUCUGAAGAGUGGCUAGUCACGUUCUUUAUGAGCUUCUUCGAAUCCCUGUUCAUCCUGGAUCCAUUCAAGAUUGUCUUUCUGGCACUCAUCUUUGCAAUAAUUCUGAAGAAGAUCAAAGUAUAUCGACCUACAGUGUUUGAUCUGAAGCAUAUCUGCAACAUGAACAAGAGAAUUGGAAAAUCAGCAACAACCAGACAUUUGGACUACAGAAGCCCAUUCCCUGAGGAUGUAGUGGAGCAAAUACAGUUCAGGAUUAACCAGCAGUCCAAGAUGCACAAGGCCAUAAGUGAAUUUCUAAUGACUGUUUUCUUGCUCGUUCUCAUCUGUUCGAUUGGCUUCACCAACAGAGAUCCACACGGUUUUCUGCUACGCACAAACUUACAGAAACAGCUGUCCAGUCCAAUAAGACCCAUCUACAAACCAGGAGAAGCACCUGUUCCAAAUGAUGGUGGUCACAAUACAGCAGAGUUCUACAUGUGGCUGAAUUACACAAUCAUGGAUGCUAUGUUUCGAGAAGAGAAUUUCAACGAUGAUCUACUCGGGGCAAGAGACAGACUACUGAUGUCGGAUCUGAGCAAUCUCCGUGUUGGGGCGCCCAGACUAAGACUACUCAGAGAAAGGAAAAUGGUUUGUGCUCUGCCUUAUAUUAGAGAAGUUGACUGCAUUCCACGAUAUUCAGUUACUACUGAAGACACCAAUGACUACUGCGAGGAAUGGAAUGCUACAAAACCAUGUGACGAAAACGAAGGGUUAAGGUUAAUAAGUGCAGCCUGGACGUUCGUACCAGCUUGGAAAAUCUGGGGUAUUCCUAUAACAGGCAGUUUCAAUCUGUAUGGUGGUGGUGGAUAUAUAGCAGAGCUGGACAUCAGUCGUCCAGUGGCUAAGAAAACUAUAGCUGAACUGAUAGAAACCAUGUGGAUUGACCGUCAGACGAGAGCUGUGUUUUUAGAGUUCACUGUAUAUUCUACAAACCUGAACAUGUUCGCUUACAUCAGUUUGCUGUCGGAGUUUCCCGAAACUGGCGCUAUCCUUCACUAUACCAAUAUCUACACCUUCAGAAGUCUUCAGCUCACAGGAACUCUGGGCGACUUUGUUCUCGUUUGUCACAUUCUCUUCUUGAUCGCCACUAUUGUAUGGGUCGUGGUUAUGGGAGUCCGUCUGCUAAAAGAUAGAUGGACAUUCUUCAAGGUGUUCUGGAACAUCGUUGAACUCGCCACUGUCGGUCUGUCUUUUGCUGCAGUCAUCUUGUACUUCAUCAGGCUUAAGUAUACCAACGAAGCCAUUGCUCAGUAUAAAGAAAACCCUCGCAUUUUCAUAAACUUCUACCACAUUUCGGUAUGGGAUGGCUUCUUUAUCUACGUUGUUGCCAUUCUUGUAGCCCUUGUGACUCUGCGACUUAUCAAGGUUCUGGGCCUUACUAAGGUCACCCGCACCGUGUUCACUGUAUUGAAGCAAAGCUCUAAGACUCUUCCUGGUUUCUUUUUCUACAUUUUCCUCAUCCUGCUGGCAUUCGCUGCAUGUGGCACCCUGUUUUUCGGCCCCUUCGCAAGGGAAUACAAAGAUAUUGUCACGUGUCUGGAGAGUCUCUUCUCAGCCGUGCUCGGCCACACUGGAUUCACCAAGAUGACCAUCCCAUCAGAAAGCAGCUGGUUUGGUUUGAUAUACUUCAUCUCUUUCAUCGUCAUCGUGACUUUCACCUUGGCCAACAUCUUUAUGACGAUACUACUGGAUACAAUGGACAUGCUAGAUCAGGAUCACAGUACAGAUCGGAAUCUCGAACUGACGACAUACCUGUGGCAGUCCGCUAAGGAAAUUAUCACUGGCAAGAAAGCAGCUGGAUCUUUGAAAUCAAAAUCAGAGAAAUAUUGAUGAACAAAUAUAUUUUACAGACACGGAGGACAAUUCAAAAUGGAUGUUUGCAACCUUUCGUCAGCUGCAGAUGACCAAUGUCAAACAACAGGUGUUUGAUCAUAAAUAAUCAGUUUUCGUCAGAAGAUAAAACAACGUGCCCUGUUGUUAAAAAUAUAGACUAUUUGUUUGCUUUCUCUGUGAUUGUUUUAGCAAAAUACCGUUAUAGGUAAGAGAAAUUCAACAACCGAUCUGUGAUAUUAAAAUAUAGACUAUUUGUUUGCUUUCUCUGUGAUUGUUUUAGCAAAAUACCGUUAUAGGUAAGAGAAAUUCAACAACCGAUCUGUGAUAUUAAAAUAUAGACUAUUUGUUUGCUUUCUCUGUGAUUGUUUCAGCAAAAUACCGUUAUAGGUAAGAGAAAUUCAACAACCGAUCUGUGAUAUUAAAAUAUAUUUUUACUUUAAAAGAUUUACCAAUGUACAUGUAUAUUAGUUGAAAAGAAAAGUAUGGUUGACAUAUUUUCAAGUAGUAUAAAUCUACCAAUAUAUUACACACUAAAGGUUUGGAGACCUAUGUUACAAAUAGCGAUAUCAUUUAAAGCACACUGGUAUUAAUAUUAUUUAACUUUAUUGAGCCCGCAUGACCUGGCAACCUGCUAGACAGAUUUGGGAUAUGAUUUUAAUAUUAAUUUACUGGGUGAGGGGGUGUAAUUUAAUCAAAACAUGAUUUGUUUAGAAAGUGAUAUCUUCGGAAAUGGUGACUGUGAUCAUAUACAGUUGGUUUUGUAAAGUGUAACGUGUGUAAUGUUUUGUUUUCAUUAGUUUCUCUAUAGCUUUCUGGGUUUUGUUUUUUUAAGUGUUGACUAAUGCCUUGUAUUUUGUAUUUGCUAUAAUAUCCAAAUCGUUUUGUAAACCGUCACUGUUUCAACACAAAGACAACAACCUAAUAUUGGUAGCCUAUCAUUCGUUCUUAUCACAUUCGAUGGCACUUAGUUUAUAGUACUAAUGUUUUCAUAUCAAUAUUGGUAGCCUGUCAUUCGUUCUUAUCACAUUCGAUGGCACUUAGUUUAUAGUACUAAUGUUUUCAUAUCAGUAUUGGUAGCCUGUCAUUCGUUCUUAUCACAUUCGAAGGCACUUAGUUUAUAGUACUAAUGUUUUCAUAUCAAUAUUGGUAGCCUGUCAUUCGUUCUUAUCACAUUCGAUGGCACUUAGUUUAUAGUACUAAUGUUUUCAUAUCAAUAUUGGUAGCCUGUCAUUCUUUCUUAUCACAUUCGAUGACACUUAGUUUAUAGUACUAAUGUUUUUAUAUCAAUAUUGGUAGCCUAUAAUUCGUUCUUAUCACAUUCGAUGGCACUUAGUUUAUAGUACUAAUGUUUUCAUAUCAAUAGUCCUAGUUUUCUUUAAAAAGUAUGACUAAUGCCUUGCAUUUCACAUUUGCUAUUAUAUGCAAAUCUUCUUGUAAACUUACACUGUUUUAAUGCAUAGACAACAACAAAAUUAGUGUAGCAUAUAAUUUGUGUCACACUUGAAGGUGUUUUUUGGGGGGAGGGGUUGUAUGCUGGGGUGCUUUUCUUUUUAUUUAUUUCGAAUUUGGUUGGUGUUUAUUUUUUGUUUGUUUUUUGCGGUGGCGAUUUUGUUUUUUUAGUUCUGUGUUUUUGCUGUGGUUGUGUUUCGGUUGUGUAUAGUUGGUUUUGUUUUUUAGUUCUGUGUUUUUGCUGUGGUUGUGUUUCGGUUGUGUAUAGUUGGUUUUGUUUUUUAGUUCUGGGUUUUUGCUGUGGUUGUGUUUCGGUUGUGUAUAGUUGGUUUUGUUUUUUAGUUCGGUGUUUUUGCUGUGGUUGUGUUUCGGUGGUGUAUAGUUGGUUUUGUUUCGAUGUUCCCCUUAAUUUAUGGUUCUUGUUCACUUUUAUUUAUUUUUUGUUUUCCUCUCCAGUAAUGUUUAUUAUUGUUUAUUAGUUAAUUAUUAUUUAAUUAAUUAAGUGAUGGUGGGGCAUUAAUUUUUGUAUCAAUAAUUAAUUUGUUCUAGAUAUUUUUUCUUGUUAAUUUCUCUUUUUUGGUGGGGGUAGGGGGAUGUUAUUCUUCUUGGGGUUUUUUGGUGGGUGUUAGUAUGCUGAGGGGAUUCUGGUGUUGGGGUAGAUUGGGGAUGAGUUGGGGUGAAGAUUGUGAACACAUUUUAAUUAUUUCAAUAUAAAAUGAAUUAAGACAUUUAUUGACUAAUUGUGAAUAAUUUUCGCAUGAUAGUAGUUGUAUGCUUGUUUUCAUCUUUGUAUUUGGAUAUGUUACAAGUACAUGUAUGUAUUUUUUUAUCUUUUUAUUUUUAUUUUGACUUUUUUCUUUGUUUAUCAAUAACGGUAUCACUUUCACGUUGUAAACAAAUAUCUGUAUGCAUCCACAGAUUUUUAUAGUUGAUUUUUUUUUCUUCUUUCAGUUUAUUAUUACAUUUCCUAUAAAUUGUCAUAAACGUAACAAUUGUUUCUAUUUCUACUGUUGGACGAAAUAUAGCAUAAUCUACAUAUUUGCAAUAUAACAAGAUGAAAAUUGAACAUAAAUGUUUCAAAUUACACUUUAUGUUCCCCUGUGCCAGAGUUAUAGAUAAAAUCAAAGUUAUAGAUAAAAUCAAAGUUUAUCAAAUAUAUUUUUUAUUAUUAUUAUUGUUAUUAUUGUUGUUGUUGUUGUUGUUGGAUGAACAAAUGGUUUGCUAUCAUGUUCUGUUUAUCGUUGCAAACUGUGGUAUUUUUGCAUAAACCACCAAAUUAAUAUACUUAAUAUUUAUAUCGCAAAUUAAUUUUAACACGGAAUCGCGAGGGCCUUUGUGUGCUCAGUAGACACACAUUUGUGGUAGAGAUAUCAGUAACUAGUAGUUCGACUUUCAACUCACAGGGGGUAGGGCAUUAUCUUCUAAAUUGAAAGAAGUGUUACCUAAAUUGACCUACAUCUGCUUCUGAACCUAUGGUUGCUUCGAGUUAGGUAAGAUCAACAGAGGGCGUCUGUUUUUACGUACCAAUGUUUAAAUCUUUACCUGUUAUUGUAUGCUUUAGUGCCGUGUAUGUAUAUGUAUUAUUAUGCAAUGCACUUUAAUCCUUAAUAAAUGUAUUUAGAGCUGA